GUGAGGAGAAGAAGACGGCGAAGUAGAAGACACAACAACCGGGCUACGAACUAGAAAGUCAUGUUUUGUCCAUUCUGUGGGGUGAACCUUCCAUCCGUCCUGGUAUAUUGUGGCUCAUGCUGUAGAAAUGUCAGGUUCCUAAGGAGUCUUCAAGAUGAAGGUCCUGAAGCUAGUACUUCAGUGGAUGAACUUAUCCAAAAAUAUUUCACAGAGGGCCAUAGUUAUGAAAUAAUAGUCGACUUACUGAAAACCAAACACAACAUAUCAGUCAGUUUUCGCAAUCUAGAAAGAAGACUAAAACAUGCAGGCCUGACCAGAAGGAUCAACUAUACUCCAAUUGCUACUGUGCAGGCAGCUAUUUCUGAGGAGCUAAAGGGAUCAGGCCAGCUUUUAGGGUAUAGAGCGUUGUGGCAGAUUCUGAAACAGAAACACUCUCUUGUCGUCAGACGAGACGAUGUGAUGCGCCUAAUGGCAGAGCUGGAUCCAUGUGGAACAGAGAAUCGCUGUAGACGUAGAUUUGUUCGAAGGGCAUAUCAUUCAAUGGGACCAAAUGAAACCUGGCACGUUGAUGGGUAUGAUAAAUUAAAACCUUUUGGAAUUGCCAUAAGUGGCUGCAUUGAUGGCUUCUCCAGAAAAAUUAUGUGGCUGAAUUGUGGAAAGACCAACAACGACCCCUCAGUAAUUGCUCAAAACUACAUCAACUGUGUAGUUGAGCAUGGAGUUUUUCCAAAGCGGCUCCGCACAGAUUGCGGCACUGAAAAUGGAAUAAUGGCCGUCCUUCACUGUACGCUGAGAUCAGAGCAUACAGACGAGUUUGCAGGAGCUAAAAGCCACAUGUAUGGCACUUCAACAUCCAACCAGCGGAUUGAAAGCUGGUGGUCCUACUUCCGGAAACAAAGGAGCCAAUUUUGGAUGGAUCUGUUCAGUGACUUGAGGGAGAGGCAUCUCUUCAAUGGCAGCCCUGCACACACAAAGUUGGUACGAUACUGCUUCCUGGGAGUCCUGCAGAAAGGACUCCCAGGAAUCCCAGGAAUACAAGCUGUACUGGAAUACUCACACCAUUCGUCCUGUUCACCAAUCCCGGUGCCCCUCUGGUAAACCAGAGGCAAUGUAUCACGUACCUCAAAGAUUUGAUGGGAACAAUUGCGGUUUCCCAGCACCUGCCCAAACCCUGAACCACAUUACCAGCAUCAUGCCAGUGCCAGCAACUCCUGCUGGGGAUGAGCAUGAAACUCUUUUUGGAGAACUGCAACGACAGAGUGGUCUAAGAGCUCCUUUGCAGUGGGAAUCAGCUGUAGAGAACUACAUCACCCUGAAAAACAUUUCUCCAAUCCUGUCUAAGCAGUUCAGAUCUCAGUGCCUAAAUAUUAUCCUUUGUUCUUACUCUCCUCUGUCUUGUUGCAUUUUCUUUCUUAAUCAGUUUAUGUUUACAGUCAAAAAUAACAAACACUGGCAGAUGGUCACUGAUAUCGUUUAUAAGUAAUCCACUGAUUAUAUUGUCCUCCAGGUUAUUAGUAAAUACAUUAUCUAUAAUUGUGGCUGAAUUGGAUGCUAUUCUACUUGGUUUGGUGAUUAUCGGAUGAAGUCCCAUACUAUACAUUGCAGCAAUAAAUACAUCAAUUGAUCACACCUUUGAUAUAGGCAAGGUGUUCCAAAAAUCUAUGUUUCCUCCAAAGGUUUAAUUUUCUUAUCCCAAUGAUGCUCCAAUAGCUGGCCCAGUUUUCUUGUAAGUAUAUCUCCCAAACUUGUGAAUCAUCUAAGACAAUUUGAAAUGUGGUAGUCUUCAAGAAUGCCUUGUCUACUCCCUUU